AUGACGACGAACUGCGGCAGCUUGCCGUACGGGUCGAACGGCGAGUUCGGCGUGGCGAACACGAACGAGUGGCGUGGGUUCGCUACGGUGGGCGUGGAGGACCGCACGAAUGCGAUCUUGACGGCGAACAGUCCCUCUGUGAGCGGUGGCAGCUGGAACGAACGGCUGGGAGUGGCUGACGGCGAAGAUCUCGAAGCCGAAGGGUCAGCAGAGAACGCUGGCCCUGGAGGCGAGAAGAACGAGCGAGAGCAGCAGCUCUCACGGGUGACGAUCGUGGGGCGACAGCUCCUUCUGGACGAGUGGACGAGUGACGGUGGAGUGCCGACGGGUGCUCUGCUGUUGCUGACGAACGAGUGGCUGCAGCGGGACAAGCAGUCGAUGGUCAAGACCAACGGAAACUCCAGCAAGUCGCAGCUACUUCCCCACCGCGCCAGAAAGAUCGUGGACGGAUAUCAAGCUCUACGGCGCUUGUGCGGGUCGGUGCCACCAGCCAGAGCCGGUGAUACCUCAGUGACAGAGGAGAUUGUGCUCAUCGACGACGAACUCAAGGGAAAGGAAUCCGCACAAACGCUACUGGCAUCGACUAGCACGCGCUUCAAGAUCCCUAAGAAGAGAUUGAUACAUACGGAGGAAGACAACCAUGGUGACACGCUACCCCCGUUAUCUGCUCAGGGAAACGCCAAGAAGAGGGCGAAGUGCACACAUCUGGAUGUCGGGGCCACGGAAGAUGACGAUACUAAUCCUCGCAGCGAGAAACACCAAUAA